CCCCUGUCUGACAACAUGCACCACCAGUGGCUCCUGCUGGCUGCAUGCUUUUGGGUGAUUUUCAUGUUCAUGGUGGCCAGCAAGUUCAUCACGUUGACCUUUAAAGACCCAGAUGGGUAUAGUGCCAAACAGGAGUUUGUGUUUCUGACGACCAUGCCAGAAGCAGAGAAGCUAAGAGGAGAGAAGCAUUUCCCUGACGUCACCAAGCCAACUGGGAAGAUGCUUUCGGAGAGCCGUCCUGAUCAGCCCUCGGUUUAUCUGGAGCGGCUAGAGCUCAUUAGAAAUGCCUGCAAGGAGGAGGCUCUGCGGAACCUCUCACACACCGAGGUCUCUAAGUUUGUCCUGGACCGAAUAUUUGUCUGUGACAAGCACAAGAUUCUUUUCUGUCAAACUCCCAAAGUGGGUAAUACCCAGUGGAAGAAAGUCCUGAUCGUCCUAAAUGGAGCGUUUUCUUCCAUUGAAGAGAUUCCCGAAAAUGUGGUCCAUGACCAUGAGAAAAAUGGCCUUCCACGCCUCUCUUCCUUCAGCAAAAUAGGAAUUCAGAAGCGAUUGAAAACAUACUUCAAGUUUUUCAUUGUGAGAGAUCCCUUUGAAAGACUGAUUUCUGCCUUUAAGGAUAAGUUUGUUCACAAUCCACGAUUUGAGCCUUGGUACAGGCAUGAGAUAGCCCCAGGCAUUAUUAGGAAGUACCGGAAGAACAGGACAGAGACCCGGGGGAUCCAGUUUGAAGAUUUUGUGCGAUACCUGGGUGAUCCAAACCGCAGGUGGUUAGACCUUCAGUUUGGGGACCAUAUCAUCCAUUGGGUGACCUACGUGGAACUCUGUGCACCCUGUGAGAUAAAGUACAGCGUGAUUGGACACCACGAGACCCUGGAGGCAGAUGCCCCAUACAUCCUGAAAGAAGCUGGCAUAGACCAUCUGGUGUCAUACCCCACCAUCCCUCCGGGCAUCACUGUGUACAACAGAACCAAGGUAGAACAAUACUUCCUGGGCAUCAGCAAGCGGGACAUCCGGCGUCUCUAUGCCCGGUUUGAAGGGGACUUCCAGCUCUUUGGGUAUCAGAAACCAGAUUUCUUGCUAAAUUAA